UGUGGCAAGGCCACGUUUGGCACGCCAUAUUUUGCUAGAAAGAAAAUUCGCAGUUGUGUACUAGCAAAUACCAGAAAAUCAAUAAGAAUUGCUGGUAAAAUUGGUUAAUAACAGUGCGAAUAGCGAGUGACUUUUGAUUGGGCCGUAGGCUAGCGCGUUGUGUCAUAACCAGCUGUUUCUUACCAUCCAAUCGCGACAACGGCGUAGAAAAGAAGAAGAACAUUAAUUUGGGGGUAUCCAGUUAAACGCAAUAUUAAUUAUUUAAAAUUAACUAUGAAGGAAUCGGGAAGUGCCAGCAAAAAUCAGCCGCAGACCUCAGAGGCCAGAGGCUCGAUUAUAACCUACAGUCCCAGCAAAUUUCUGACUAGCGUUGGAACAGGCAGAACGACAUACAGCACACAUACACACACAACAUCAGCAACGUCGGCGGCGACAACCGCAACAAAAACAAACAAUUCACCAAUGGGCGGAUUCAGUGCCGCUUAUUAUGUGGUAAAGGCCGGCUCCCUGGGCAGCGCUGCCUCCAUGUCGGGUUGCAUCAAAGUCAGUUCUCCGCCAAAGGCGCCGCCGAUGGCUAAGUCGCCCGCCCUGGUCGUUACAUCGCCGUGCACGCCAACAGAGAGUUCCAGUACCAUAUCGGCGCCAAGUGAAUCCUCCUUUAGCGAGAAAAUGGAGCACAGCUAUAUGCGAGAUACGCAAGUCCGCAGCGAUGUUCACAACGGCCUCACGCCCGCUAGGAACAUUCUGGUCCGCCAUCCGCCACAGUGUUCCAGUUGCCACACAUAUCCGCCGCAGCACGAGGAGCUGUCAGAGAUUCAGCAGGCCCAUGUGCCGCCCUAUGAUGAGGUAGUCGCCAAGGAGGCAAUGAAUGAAUGCGCUCGUAUUGCAAAAUACGUAAAGAACAACAAUUCGGAUGAGCAAGAUUGGGUUGCUCGCGUUAAUAAAUUUAAUUGGACGCCCAUGCAGGAGAUGGUUUUCGAAAAGGUCUGCUCAAUUCUGGACCAGGAUCAGUUGGCACGCUUGGCCAACGACAAACGCCAGCACGAGCCUAUCCAUCGUCGCAUAAGCUCGGAUAAAUCCGCAUCCAGGUUUCGCAAACUUCUGGCCAGCGUGUCUUGGGAGUCACGCAUUACGCAGUGGAUUCAUGCUCUGCUCAUGGAGCACUUGUCGCCUUCGUAUAUGGCCUCUUAUCUGGAAAUUCUGCAGACUCUGAAGACCAAGUUGCCCACUUUAGUGGACAAGAUGCUGUUUGGUAGACCAAUAAAUAGUAGUCAGGAACUGCUGGCACCGGUGAUGAAAAAACGAUGGGAACCAAAUAUCAUGCCCAAGUCUCGUCAGCUCACGCAUAACGCCAUCAUGGUGGUGCUGCCCAACAUGCCGACCACUGGAACAGUUUCGGACCGCAUGCAGAAGUGGUACCAGUCAUUGUCUACUAUCACUCAGGUGGUUCAGAUCUCGCUGCCGAAUACAAACAACAGAAUUGGGAAUCAGAAUCUGGACCAUGUGGCCGAAACCAUUGUGUCUCUCACACGAGUCAAAAUCAAUGAAUUGCGCACAGAAAACCCCAGUCGUGGCAUCAUACUCGUUGGAUUUAAUGCUGGAGCUGCCUUUGCUCUACAGGUUGCUCUAUCGGAGAGCGUUGCCUGUGUGGUUUGCAUGGGAUUUGCUUACAACACAAUACGUGGGCCACGCGGAACCCCCGAUGAUCGCAUGUUGGACAUAAAAGCGCCGAUACUCUUUGUCAUCGGCCAAAAUUCGGCACGCACAAGUCAGGAGGAAAUGGAAGGUUUACGCGAACGAAUGCAGUCCGAAUCUUCGCUGGUCGUAGUGGGCAGUGCAGAUGAUACACUGCGUGUGCCUAAGAGCAAGAGGCGAAUAGAAGGCGUUACACAGUCGAUGGUUGAUUACAUGGUUGUCGAUGAAAUCUUCGAGUUUGUGAACAAAACGCUAAGCAAUCCACCUGGACCGCGCAUGCCCACAUCUUUAAUGCAUCAGCAGGGCUACCAGCGACUGCAAAAGCAGUCAUCUCACAUCCUGGCCGAUGGAAAUGCAAACAAGGCGAUUCAGCAGAUGCGUAAGCGAAAGAUGGACGGUGGUUUAGACGACUCAAUGGGUCAGCCUUCCAAAACAAAGUUUGUCCCUCACAUUGGAAGACCCCGAACACGCCCCCUUCCCAAUGUCGGUGGCUCGGCACGCUCUGUUAGCCAAAAAGGUGCACCUCAUCCCGACAAACCAAAACUGAGCGGCGAAGAACCUAACCAAUCCAUUGAAUUCAUACUAGAUGAUGCCCAGGACUAUGGAGAUGCCCAAACCACUGCAGGUGGGUCAGCAAGCCUGCCAAAGGUGAUAACUCCCCCCGGUGUUUUGGGAAAACAACUGCCGCCCGUUAAUCUCGUAGCUGGCACCAAGAUUAAGAUGAUUCCAUCCAGCCAGUUCGUUCAAAUCAAAUCGCUACCGUCACAGAGCAAACUCAUCAACUACACGCUGAACAAACCGAGUGUCGGGACAAGCAGCACUGCCAACAUUGGCAGCAUGGUAAAGACCCUACCAUGCUCAUCCGUUGGUGGCCAGCAGAUCAUCACCUUAAAAACGCCCUCGGGACAAACGCAGCAGUUUGCAACAGCAACCACGUCAACAGGUUCACCUGGUUCAUCGACAUCAACAGCAACGGGACAGCAAAAGUACACAGUUUUUAAGAACGCCAACGGCAUGACCAUGCUACAUCUCAACAAUCUCAACUCUCCCACUGCAGCUUCUAGCAGCGGCUCUUCGAAUAUGGAUUUGUCCAACAUUAUCGAUAUGCCCAUUGUUUUUGCCGAUAACGAAGGCAACAUUCCCGAGCAGCAACAGGCGGACAAGGAAAUUAAACCAGCCCCCAUUCGAAGUGCCAAUAAGAGCCCGUUGAUCAUCAGUCAGAAAAUCAUUAAGGAGGCAAAUAAGCCCUCGGGCAUGGUUACCAGUGGCAGCAUUACUGGCGUCAACAAGCCGGGAAAUAUUGUGCUGAACAAAGGCCUUCAGCAAUUGCUAAAUUCAUCGCCCGGGGGAGCACUUGCCACUCAGAAUAAAGUUGUGUACCUCAACCGGAGUACAAUUAAGCCAAUGGGAAAUAUAGCGCCUGGUGCUCUUCGCGUUCCUAUAAGGAUUGUGAACACCCCGAAGACCGGAGGUGCCGUGACGACCUCAGCAUCCAGUAGUCCCAUUAUGGUUGAUCCAGCCACAGGAUCCAAGGUUGCCAAAACCGUCAAUGUGCAGACAAUCAAGCCAAGUGGUUCUAUUCUGGCUCAAGGCACCAUCCGUCAAGCGGGCAACGUGGGCACCAAGAGCUACCUUCAGAUGAUCAAUACCGCACCGAGUGCGUCCAAAACUGUUGCUGGCGACGGCAAAGGUUCUGUACGAAAUAUCUACUUUAAAUCGGCAACCGGACUCAAGCAGCUGCCCGUGCAGAUGCUGGGCAAUCGUAUCCCGGGUGGCUCCGUCAUUUCGUCAACCGCAACAGCAUCUUCUGGAACUCCUGGCCUGCGGCGAGUGGUCAACAUUGGGCCCGUUUCCAAGGUGACUACCACGUCGACAACAUCAUCUUCGAUAGCUGCUCCUUUAAACCAUAACAAAAUGUAGAAUUGGACAAUGUUUUAAUUGGGUGCCUGAUACAUUUUCGUACUUAGUCGAUAGCUUUGUAAAUAUGUUAAGCUAUUAAUUAAUUAGUGAUUAAGGGGUCUUGUAUUACCAUCUUUCCCCAAUUUCAAGGAUUGCAAUUUCGUUCAAAUAAAGAACAAUGUAAGUCGACAAAAA